GUAGAGUAGAGUGGUGAGCAACGAUCGAGACACCCGGUUUUUUUUUGUUUGCCGUUGUUGGACGUCCGAGUUUGUGCGUGCCCGUGUGUGUGUGUUUGGUUGGUGAGCAGUGAUGGAAUCGGAAACGGACGACAACUGCUACGAGCGGAAGGACAUCCCGGUGGACAGCUUUGGCGGGGAUUUCUACCACAGCCGAGACGUCACCACCCGUCAGCUGAACCGGAAUCUCCUGACGCACGGUGGCUCCGAUCUGUCACCGGCGGCGGCGGCAGCGGCCCUUGGACGCCCGAUUUCACUGCCCGCGAAGCUGCCCAAUCCCGAUGGCGGUGCAGCGGGCAAUGGACGCGAUCAGCUCGACAGUGGGGACUGCUCGACGCUGAUUCGACGAUACGCCGAGGUGACCAAGUUCAAGCAGGAAACCACAUCCGGGAACAGCGCGAACAACGGAAAUCGGCUUUCGAAAGGACCUCCAGAAUCCUCCCUAGCAUUGGCAAAGAAGCGGCUCAGCGCUUUGCACACGAGCGUACAGCAGCAUGAGGUGGAAACGAUGGACGACGAUAUGAUGCCGCUGCUGUCGAGCAAUCGCGAACUCUCGCAGGAGGAGCUGUACGAGUCCCACACAUCACUGGUAUCGAGCUCGGAGGGUGGCAUUAUGGCGGAGGGCGAGGAAACUUCCAGCGACGAGUCGCAGGAAUCGAACAGUUCGGCCAAUCACACGGCGAUCGUCAUGAGCCUGCUGGAGCGGUUGCUUCGCUCGCACCCCGUCUGGUUCCUGCCGGGCAUUCAACGGUCCGGCGCAAUCCAUCUGCUCCAGGGGAAGGAGGAAGGGACCUUCAUCGUGCGCGGUUCUAGUCAGUCGAAAACGAUGGCCGUUUCGGUGCGUUUGCCGGCGAACGCAGGACCGUACAUCGAACACUAUCUGAUCCAGUCGAACAAUGGGCAGCUGAGCCUGGAAAGCUCCCGCUUCAAGUUCGACUCCAUACCCGCCCUGAUUGCGCACUACACGCAGUGCUGCGACGAGCUGCCCGUACAGCUCUGCCUUCCGGUUGCGUUGCGGGAGGCGAAGAACCGCCAGCAGCUGUCGUCGCUGGCCCUGCUGGGUCAGGAGUUUUGGCGCUACCCGAUGGCCAGCUCCCCGAAACCGAAACCAAUCACCGGGCCGGCACCACCCGGCACAACACCGUCCGCCACCUCUAGUCACAUGAACACCCCGUCCGAGGCGACACACUCGAGCGGGCUCGGCAUAUCCGUACUUAAUCACACCCCGGUCGGACAUGCGGCGUCGGUCGGGACCGGUGGCACCUCGCUCGGCACCGGCGGCAUGGUGAAUGCGUUCGGCGAAACGCCCACCGACACGUUCUCGACGCUGAGCAGCUUCACGGUAAGCAACGGGCAGACGCUGCUCAGUCCAGAAUCGAUCGACAGUGCCAUCAUGAUGUCGCCGAUGGACCCGCACCAGCACCAGACGGGCAUCAUCGGGAAGACGAGCACGUUCAAGGCACGCAAGCAGCAAAUCGUUUCGCCCACGGCGGCACAGCACGAGGUGGAAAAGCAGAUCGAGCUGUUCAACGCUAACAUACUGGGGCACAGUAGCGGUGCCGGUCAUUCGAACGGUGAAGCCACGGGCGGUGAGAUGACCAGCUCCACCUCGUCGUCCAUGGAGAGCCGGCCGGAUGAUGCGCUCAACGCUACCGGCACGCUGGAAAGGAAACCGCGGGCACCAAGGCCCACGCCACCGAACACGCUCAACAUUAAGCCGAUCAGGAGUCCACCGGCACCACCAGCGAGACGUAUUAAGCUGCAAAUAGCAGAGCACAGUCCGACGGUCGAGAGAACUACCUUUACGUUCCAAAAAGAUACCGACUUUACACCGACGACGGGAUUUCCUACCAGAGACACAUCAUUCCAGCGCAGAGAGCCGGCAGUGUUGCCGGCCAGCAUUUCCACCAUUGCGGGUUCGCAGGUUAGCAACACUGUGUGGUAUUGUGACAGCGACAAUGUAGCCGACAAUGGUGUGGAAAAGCAGGCCACGACACAGUCCAACGAUCAACACCAGGAGCACGACCAUCCUAGCUUCAGCGUACCGACGAGCACUCGCGUCAGCCGCCGCAACAAACGAAAAGAGUCAAAGCAUUAUCAGGAAUCGGACAUUUUGGAAUCACCUUCCGUUUACUGCAGAAGUACGCUGGUGGAUAAAAUAAGUGACUAUGAGGACAUUUGGUCACAGGACGCUACCAAAAGCGAUCGCCGGUCACUGCUGGGCCAGCGCCAUGGGAUAUUUGGGCACGAGGACUUAACUCUCAAAGGACUCGUUUCACCAUCAAUAGAGUCGAUGAGUUACAGACAGGGCAAGCUCACCUCUUACCGUGGCCCGGCCGCACACGGUGCGCACACGUACUCCGUGGACAAUCUUGCCGUGGGCAUGGGCGGGCACGAUUCGGCAAGCGAUCGGGCCAGCACCCCGACCGAUCGGCACGGUGCCCGUCCACCGGUUGCGCUGAAAACGUUUUCCCCAAUACCGAAGGAUGACGGCCGGUUCGGUCGGUCGGUGCUGACCGAUGUGCGGCAACGUUCGUGCAUGAACAUUUCUCACACCACGCCCGUGGGCACACCGGUAACGCUGGAGGAUGCGUUGGGUGGUGCGGGCCAGGAGCAAAAGCAAACCAGCCCGUUCUAUGCCGAUCCUGCCGACAUUCUGAGCACCAUCAUCCGGCGCAGUCCGCUAAAUCGUUUGGCUUCGUCCAACAGUAGUCAGCGCCACUCGGAACCACCAAAGCAGCUGUUUGGCAAUGACGAUGCGUUACCUUCGGCGGGCCAUCCAUGGGGCAACGGGAACGGAUACAAUGUGAAUAACAACUUUGCCGCCUCUCUGGACGAGCUGGCGCUGGAGAAGAACGACUCAAUGUUGUCGGGCGUGCGCAUGCAUGCGCUGAGCAUCGCGGGCGGCAGCAGCGGACAAGGGACGAACGAUUACGAUUCCGACAUCCGGUGGAAAACACCCACCGCGUCGCUGAAAACCAUUGAGCCGGCCGCGAAAUCGCUGCAAAAAAGUACCGACAGUCUCAUGGGCAUGGGCCGACCGGUCACGAUACACCAGAUAAUCGCCAAGAAGCUUCCUGCCUUGAAGCUAUCGGAAAGAUUGCUGGAAGGUUUGCUGGCGAACGAUAGCGGCAUCGGUGCGAAUGGUGAGUCAGGGUUCGGCACCCUAGGACACCGAGGGCAACGGAAGUCGGCGUACGAUAAUGUGGAGAAGCAGGCUAAUGCCUAUGCGUCAUCUGCAAUCAAUAGUGCGCACUCGGACGAUGGGACCGUCUUUUCGGAACCGUGGGACAGCUCCCAGUGGGACUCAUUCCUUCCCAACGAACAAUCUUCGAUGGAAGCACCGGGCAAUAGUAGCUACGACCACUGCGGCUCGACGGCCAAAGACACUCGCUACCGAAAGGACGGGCAGCAGCACCAGUUACCACAGUCGCAGCAAAAAGUAGCUACAAUAUUGCGAUCGCGUAGCUGCCGAGAUCGGGAAAUUUUAUGUCAUCCACGCAACAGAUCGUCCCACAGUGGUCCGGGCGAAUCGAUUGCCACGUACGCCUUCUACCUAGCGAACAAGCCGGACUCAACGUUCUCGCGCAACAUAAGCAACUUUAUCGCCUGCACCAAGGAAUCGAAAGCGGCCCCCCAUCCGCAGGUGGUGAUGCGCAACAUGCGCCAGUUCAUGUCCGGCAUGAAGAAUUACCUCGUGAAGCACGGCGAGGGCGACUUCGCGGGCGAGGUGCAGAAAGCGCGGGCUCAGCUAAAGCCGGACGAGUUCCUUAACCUGGACUCGAUACUGGAGGAGGUGAUGCACCGGCUGGUGAUACUGCCGCUGCGCGAGCAUCUGUACAGUUUGUUCGUGGAUUACUACAGCCAGUCGGGCGAUAUACAGCUGAUUGUGGAGAAGGUGCGCUCUACGGCGGGCCGCGGUCCGCUUGCUUUCGGGAUCAAGGGCAAUGUGAUACCGCCGAGUCCGACAGCGAUGCGACAAAUUGCCACGCUCUUUGUGCGUCUGCAGGAGGCGGAGCUGCCCCUGGCCAAGCUGGACCUGCUGCUUGCCGCAGUGUCGACCAUCUUCGAAGCGACGACGUGCUGCAACGGGCAGCAGCUGAGCGCGGACGACUUCCUGCCGGUGCUGGUGAUGGUCGUGGCACACUGUGGCUUCAUCGGUGCUGAAAUUGAGGCCGAGUACAUGUGGGGUCUGCUGCAGCCGUCGCUGCUGAGCGGCGAGGCUGGCUACUACUUAACGGCCCUGUGCAGUGCGGUCCACGUGCUUAAGAACUUUAGCCUCAGCGAGCAGGAAGGAACAUCGACAUUAGAUGUAAGUGUUUGUUGUGUACCACCUUGCAAGUGUCUUACUAUUGAUUGCAUGCUUUCUUACGUGCAGUGGGAUUCCUCUACGAUGCCAAACUGCUCCUCGGUGCUACGCGUAAUCAUUCCGGAUGAGUACAACGGUUCUAUCCAGACGCGAACGCUACCAAUCAGACCGCAUACCACGACAAAGGAAGUCUGUCGGAUAAUUGCUCACAAGGCGAGGAUAACGAAUGCCCAAGAUUAUGGACUAUUUAAGCUGAUCGACGGUGAAGAAACUCUUCUACAUGACACCGAAUGUCCGCAGGAUGUCCGGAUGACGGCGAAAGGGAAACACUUUAUGAUAGCAUACAAACGGAUCGACGCAAAGAUAGCGUGGCCUACCGUGAUGCCAAAUAAUGCUGCUAGCAACAACAACACUAUGACCGCUAGCACUACUAAUAACGCUGCUAACAAUGCUAUCAAUACUAUCACUACCACUACUACUACUAUUACUGCGAGUGAUAAUCAUCUAAAAGUAUAAGCAAACAAUGAAUUAAGCUUCCAUCGUUAAACAAUUAAGUCUGAUAUACUCUUUGGUCGUAAGGUUGUACUAUUUUUGCCGUGGUGUAACAAGCCCCACUUGUCCCCUCUUUUAAUCGCUCACCUCAUUUCUGUUGAAGUAGCUCCCGCGGGGUGCGAUGUGCGGGCGCUGCUAGACAGCAGUUGUAAUUGUAUUAACGCAAAUAGUAUACACCAUAUAAUCAUAUACAAACCAUCAUAUAUAUACAACCGUUAUAUAAAGUCAGUGACGGGCAACGGCGUGGUGUAGCGCGUGGCCGUCAACGCUUCUUGCCCUAGGGAAACCUCACUAUCGAUUCUCGUACACAAAUGCAAUGCAAUUCUACUCUGGAUGAGUUUAGAUUUUAAUUCACCAAUUAACGCAUAUAAUCCCCCUUUAAUCUGUAGCAUUUUCUUCUUAUCUGUAGGCGGAAGAAGUGAAGAUAAUUUUAACCCACUAAUGGCUAGAACAAAGAGAAAUCGUGAGAGAGGGUUAGCGUGGACGCACUCCGCGGACACUAGGUUUUGGUAAGCUGAAGCAUACCUUCCUGAGCUGUAGAUUGUUGUUUUAGAGGACCGAAAAGAGCGUAGUAGUAGUAGUAGUAGAAGCGAAAGAUCCGUGAAGUUAGGACGUAUAAUGCCAUUCUCUGUGAUGAAGUGCGUAAAACAGAAGCAUGCCUCGUGCUCACCAUCGAACCCCCCGCCCGUGUCCCGGUUUGCAACCAAAACCUCCGCCUCUCACGAUCGUGUCUGUGUAAGAACAGUUGUUUUAAGCGUUUUUUUUUAAAUUGAUUUGUUAACAAUGUUUUUUUUACAAGCAAAAAAAAAAAAAGAAAAGGGUCACCAACGAUGGAGCGUAUGGAGCUUUUCAUUGUACCAUUUAUAUCUCUCUUACCUCUCGUGUGCACUGCGUGUCGUUAACUCCUCCAUACUGUACUCCAUUUCCGGCCCGUCAUCAAAUGACAACGUGUGUUUGGCCCGUCAGAGUUUUUUGUAGAACAGGUUUGUCCUUAGUUUCAGUCAACAAAAUUGAUAAACAGUCCACAAUGUGAGCACAUCGAAUGGCGGACAGUGGUCUCGCCACCAGGAGCUUCCAUCUGAAAAAGGACUAGUCAGGUCAAAGGUCACAAGUAGUUUUGUUGUUGUAGUCGUCCCUCCUGUUGCGUUGUGCAUCGGUGUUUGUGUUUGCAGUUAAUGCAUCUGAGAAGGCACGCUUUUCGUGAUAUCGUUUUACGAGACAAUAGAAAUCUAACUUAUCUUUCAUGCCCCUUUUUCCCUCAUCUAUAUCUGCCUUUCUUUUUCACGCGCUUGUGCGAUUUAGGCCCCAUUUGCUCCCAGACUGGGCUCCGCUGGGCUGUGCUGGGUUGAAUUGCUUUCGCGUUCGCAAACGACAAUGAAUUAAGAGUGAAAACAUGUUUAUCUACACUUUAGACGUUUCUUGCUACUACUGCAUCUAAUGUUACUACUGUAAAGCAAUUAAGUAAUUACUAAUCUCAUUAUUCUUGUUCCCCCACUGGGAUGGUGGGGUGUAGUUUCUUCCCCUCAAUCUCCCCCUGCUUGGGUGCCCAGGACUUUGUAUCGAGUUUUUGAGUGUGUGUGUGUGUGCGUGUGUGACAGUUUUUUUCUUCUUGCGUGUGUUUGAAUGUGUGUGCGUGUGAUUGUUUGUGUGUGUUUGUUCACCUUUUUAAUGAAAACACAUACACACUUACCCCAACCAACCAAUCAACUAUAUGUAUAUUUAACAUAAACUACAAAAAAAAACUCUUUUUUCUUCCUCAACUAUUUGCCAAAACAAGAAACCCCCUCUUUAUCUAAGAAAACAAAACACUAAUAACUUUACCUUAAUUGCUCAUAAUGCUCGUGAUUCGAUGAAAAGUGUGAAAAGUGCAGAAAAGAAAGGAACAAAAAGGAAAACUGGUUACAGAGAAUACAAAAUGAAGGAAUGAAAGUGAAAUAGUAAAACAACACCACACAAACCAGGCACUGUCGAAACGAAUUGCUCAUCAAAAAACAAAAAAAAGGAUAACAAAAAAGGAAAAAGAAAGUGAAACACAAUAGACAUGUUCUUAUCAUACAUAAUGCAUUUACAAAGCGCGUGAAACAAAGCAAGCCAUCAUGCACAUGCAGUACUAGUUGCAGAGUGGAAAUGGAUUUCGAAACAAGAGAUACAAACGUAGUAGGCCAGGGUGCAGUUAGUAGGUAGAAAAGCAGCUGUGGUUGUGUUUGUUGGGUGGGAGGGGGUUGGAGGCUCAGGAAUAUGAAUGAUAACUCUUAUACUCUAUUUUUGAUAUCUAUCUAUCUUUUCCUCCCAAAAACGAUCCGUCGAUCGUCCCCUAAUCCCCAAUAGUAGUGAGAGUGCAAUGGGCAAAAGAACAGAGAACAGAGCAGAAGAAAACAAGAAAUCACAAGCGCACUUUAACAAAGCAACCAGUAAACAGUAUUAAAUGCAUUGAAUUAAUAGCAACAGAUAGCAACAGAAGCCACCUCCUCCACUCCCCCCACUUCUGCUCCCCUUGCUGAUCGUAGAGCAGCACACACACUAGAAACUGUAGAAGAGCUGUGUGUGAUGUAGUGCGUGAGUGCAGAUGCAUAGAUGCAAUGAAGUCCUACUAACCAUUUCUGCAAACAUUCGAUUCGUAGGCAAAAACACACACAAAAAAACGAUAGAAACUGCUGCCACAUUAACUAACAAUGCAAAAAAAUAAAACUAACAGAACGUAACGGAAAGCGCAUUAAUUGUGAAAGUGGAAAACAAAACACUGAAUGGAAAUGAUGCGAAAGGAACAUUUAAGGCCGAACUCAUACUCGGCACACCGGCGCUACGGAAAAUAUCUUGCCAAAAUAGGUAUAGGAAGUUUUUUGGAAACAUCUAUUUUUACACCACAAGCGUAUUUAUUGCAGAUAACUAUAAAAUAAACUCUCUCUAUAUAUAUACAUACAUACAUA